UCAAUCCCCCGAUUCAUGGCUCAUCCAAUCUUCAGAUCCGGAGCGGAGGUGGAGAUCACCAGCCCCAUCCAACGCCUCCGGGGAACGCUCUUCCCCGGCAGAAUCGUCGCUCCAUCGCGCCGCAAACCCAAUGCCUUCUUGAUAGAGUACAAAACCCUAAUCGCAACUUGCGACGCCGGCCGCCCCUCCAGGCCACACCGAGAGGAGGUUUCCGUCGGGCUCCUGAGGCCGAACCCGCCAGCCGAAAUGGGCCGGAGUUUCCAUCUUGGCGACGUCGUCGACGCGUUCCUCAACGGGGGGUGGUGGGAGGGCUCGAUCACCAAGGAACUGAAGGGCUCGCGGUACAUGGUGUACUUCCGGUGCGUGAAGCAGCAGUACCGGUUCGACGCAGCGGAGCUGAGGCUGCACCGCGAGUGGGUCAACGGGAAUUGGGUCCCACCGCUCGAGGCCGAGGAGGAAGACGGUGGUGAUGAGGAAGUGACCUCGACAAUGGAAGAGAAAUCUGGCGACGUUUGCCAAACAGCGAAGGGAGUGUUCGCCAAGGGAGCACUGGUCGAGGUGAGAAGUGACGAAGAUGGACUCCAAGGUGCUUGGUUCGCGGGCACCAUAAUCAACAAGGCAGCGAGGAAACAGUUCUUGAUCGAGUACCAAACCCUCAGAGCGGAGGAUAAAAGCUCGGAGUACUUGAGGGAGCAGGUGGCCGCAAGUCACAUGAGGCCGUACCCGCCAGAGACCUUCGUGGUCGACCCUUACGAGCGGGAGGCAAGAGUCGAUGCCUUGUACAAUGAAGGGUGGUGGGAGGGCAUCGUCGAGAGGGCUCUCGCCGGGAUGCGGUAUCGGAUUUAUUUCGAGGGCACUGGAGAUAGGAUGGAGUUCCACCACUCAGAGCUCCGUCCUCAUCGGGAUUGGAUCGAUGGGAAGUGGGCGAUGCCUUCUCCAGUCUCGUAGGACCAGUUCAUGUUGUUGCAUAUAAUGUAAUUG